AUGGCUCAGCCACUGUCACAGUCAGCACAAGCAACCCCGGCAGAGGCAGAGGCAGAGACAGAGCCAGAGGCAGAGGGAAAGGCAGAGGCAGGGGCAGAAGUAGGGGCAGAGGCAGACGCAGGGGUAGAGGUGGAGGCAAAGGCGGACACAGAGGCAAAGGCGAAGGCGAAGGCGGAGGUGGAGGCAAAGGAGAAAGCGAAGGCAGAGCCGGAGGCAGAGGUGGAGGCAGAGACAAAGGCAAAGGCGGAGGUGGAGGCAGAGACAAAGGCAAAGGCGGAGGUGGAGGCAGAGACAAAGACAAAGGCGGAGGCGGAGGCAAAAGCGAAGGCAAAGCCGAAGGCAGAGGCGGAGGCGGAGGCGGAGGCAAAGGCGAAGGCGAAGGCGAAGGCUGAGGCAAAGGCUGAGGCGAAGGCGAAGGCGAAGGCGGAGGCGGAGGCGAAGGCAGAGGCAAAGGCAAAGGCAAAGGCGGAGGCGAAGGCGGAGGCAAAGGCGAAGGUGAAGGCGGAGGCAGAGGUGAAGGCAAAGGCGAAGGCAAAUGCGAAGGCGAAGGCGAAGGCAAAGGCAAAGGCGAAGGCAGAGGCGAAGCUGAAGGCGAAGGCAGAGGUGGAUGCGAGGGUGAAGCCAAAGGCGAAGGCGAAGCCGAAGGCGAAGCCAAAGGCAAAGGCAGAGGUUGAGGUGGAGGCAAAGGGGAAGGCAAAGGCGGAGCCAGAGGCGGAGGCAGAGGUGAAGCCAAAGGCAAAGCCGAAGCUGAAGGCGAAGGCAGAGGAAGAGGCAGAGGCA